AUGCUGUCGUUUUCUCGUGCGCCUGCCAUCGUGGCCCGCGCGCUCGUUCGCUGCAAGAAGACCAAGGCCUCGCCGAGCGCCUCUGGCGACAAGGGCCAAGCGUUGCAGAUGGCUAUUCGCCAGAUCGAGAGCAGCUUUGGCAAGGGCGCUGUGAUGCAACUCGGCGCUAGCGGUGUUGCCCACGACAUUGAUGUUGUGUCUACGGGCUCGCUCUCGUUGGACGUAGCACUCGGCAUUGGCGGACUGCCGCGCGGGCGUGUGAUUGAGGUGUAUGGCCCCGAAAGUUCGGGCAAAACGACGCUUGCCCUCCACUGCAUCGCCGAAGCCCAGAAGAACGGUGGAACUUGCGCCUUCAUCGACGCCGAGCAUGCAAUCGACGGCCACUAUGCCAAGGCUCUAGGCGUCAACAUUGACGAGCUUUAUGUGUCGCAGCCCGACUCUGGAGAGCAAGCGCUCGAAAUUGCUGACACGCUGAUUCGAUCGGGAGCCAUCGACGUGGUCGUCGUUGACAGUGUCGCCGCGCUAGUACCGCGCGCUGAACUUGAGGGCGAGAUGGGCGACCAGCAGAUCGCGCUGCAGGCACGCCUCAUGAGCCAGGCGUUGCGCAAGCUCACUGGGUCUCUCUCCAAGUCGAACUGCAUGAUCAUUUUCCUCAACCAGAUCCGCCAAAAGGUUGGCAUCAUUUUCGGGUCUCCUGAAGUCACAUCCGGCGGCACGGCGUUGCGCUACUAUGCAUCGAUUCGCCUCGAUAUUCGCCGCAAGACGCAAAUCAAGGAAGGCGAGAACGUCAUUGGCAACGAAACCGUCGUCAAGGUGGCCAAAAACAAGCUCGCACCGCCCUUCAAGGUCGCCAACUUUGACGUGAUUUACGGCAAGGGCAUCGACCGCAUGUCCGAGAUCCUCGACCUCGGUACGCAGGUUGGCGCCAUGAAGCGGUCCGGUUCGUGGUAUGCCUACAACGAUGAGCCAAUUGGGCAGGGACGCAGCAAGGCCAAGCAGUUCCUUGAGGCGCACCCAGACAUCGCGCGGACCAUCGAGGCUCAGAUUCGCGCUGCACUUCUGACGCGCGACACCCCGCUGGAGCCUGUAUCGGCGACUGUUGAACCCACCCCUGGCAUCGACGUCGAUGGGGUCGACAUUCACGCUAUUAUGGCCGAGGUACACGACAUGGAACAAACCGUGCAAAUCCAAGAAGACUCCACGACUACGACCCGAUAA